AUGCUGAGGAGCUGUGUCCGCGGGGUGCAGCGUCUUGGCUGCUGGGGCCCCCCCAGAAAUGCCCCCUGGGUUGCCGCGUCCAAACAGGUCUUGCAACAUUCCACCCACAAGUCACUCUGCAGUGCCAUGGUCCGGCCUCUUCCAUCCAGGAAGCCGAAGGAUUACGCCCUCCCCAAUUCCAGCUGGAGCAAAGAGAUGAUGGAUCAGUUUGACAAAUUCAUGGAGAUGUGUAAAGACGGGACGUGGAGAAGGAUGCCUUCGCAUCGGCGUGCCGAGGAGAGUGUUUCAGAAUCUAUAAAGCAACAUCUGGACCCAAAGAAGAAGGGCAGAGACACCCGGUUCUUCUUGCGGAACCUCGACAGUGAAGGUCUCGGUUUUGAAUACGUGAUGUUUUUGAACCCGUCGCAGAAAAGGAUGGUGUGCCUCGCCCAGCUGGGUCCCUACCUGGAAGGGCCUCCCGGGUUCGUGCACGGUGGGCCUAUCGCCACCAUUCUCGAUACCACCUGGUCGCAAUGUGCCCUCUUUACCACCAGUGCGUUUCUAACUGCCAACCUCAGCAUAAACUAUAAGAGCCCUGUCCAACUGGGUUCGGUGAUCCUUGUCGACGGGAAAGUGGACAGGACAGAGGGGAGGAAGGUGUUCCUUUCCGGUCAAGUGCAGAGCGUGGAUGGGAAGACCCUUUAUGCCGAGGGCACAACAAGCCUUUUUAGGAACUGCAGCUCUGUCCUAAGUAAGGCUCCGAAGUCCACCCAACAAAUCCGGACCUUUGCCUUGGCCCGGUCCUCUCGAGUGAAGCCUUUCAAUCCGCAUCUCUUGCUCUCCCUCGUUCCGGAGUCAGCUACCAUCGAAGUGUCUCUGCCCUUCGUGCACCUUCAGAAAAGCCCGUUUCCUCUUCACCCACUUGAAUUUGUACCUUCGGGGCCGCCUCUCCUGCACCGCAUUGCCGCGGCCGAUUUAGCACUCAAAAAGCAGCGGCAGCACAUCGCCGCCGCUGCUUUUUGA